AUGUUAGUUUGUUUUACCUCCACAGCCGAGCAGUUGAACAGUUAUGUCACACUCAAGCUUCAGAAUGUCAAGUCGACUACAGUGUGCGUCAAGGGCUCCCAACCUUGCUGGGAACAAGACUUCCUCUUCGAGACCAACAGACUGGACACGGGCUUGCUGGUGGAGGUGUGGAACAAGGGCCUUAUUUGGGACAAGGCUUUGGGCUACCUUUGGCUACCUCUCACCAAUAUCCAGUACUCCAAUGAGGAGGGGGAGGGCCGGUGGUACGACCUGGAUGCUGAGAGAGUGAUGGAAAAUGGAGAGGUAAAGGGCACUGCAAAUCCUACUGGAGACUCGCUGCUGCUCGAGUGCCGCUUCGAGUUACCAUGGGGCAAAAAGGCCAAAGAAAGGGCAAGGAAGAAAGCUCUGCAACCAGUGCUUUCCACCGGCCUGUGUGGCACAGGGGAGACUGACCAAGCUUCCGCCUCCACAGUUGGGGCUGGAGGCUUGGAUGCUGCCCCUUCCUCCUCCCUCUCUCCAUCUUCCUCCUUCAUGGGCUCCAUGUCGGCCGCCCGCCCAAGUCUCUCCACUGUUAAGCUUCUCAAUACUGUCACAUUUGAGACUAUUGAAACUGGCAAUGACAAUAAUGAUGAUUCCGAUGAGUGUCUGGACUCAUCGAUGCAAACUUUAAAAUCUAACCUUCUUACUGCCACUGCCUCAGAGACUAUAGACUCAGGCAUUGGCAAUGACGAUUUAGGUGCUGAAAGUAGCAUUUCCAGAUUUCUUAGUAAAAGUGAUGAUUCUAAAAUUGAACUGAGUGAAACUAUAGAUGAAACAGAUGUGGAUAGAUCGUCAUUUAGAUUUAGUUUUCACAUUCCAUUGUCACAAAAACAUGCAGAAUUUACAUCUCCAACCAGUGAUGGGAAGGCCUUUACUUGGAACUCUGAAAACUGUGCCUCUACCUAUGCAACAACCCACACUAGCCCAAAAGUUACACUUGUUACUACAAAAUUUGCUUCAUUAUCAGUGUCGUCUCCGGAUAAGGAACUCCCCUGUAAAACUUUCCCUGAAACCUCCAGUCCUAGUGCCACACCCACCUCAGGUAUAUUCAACAUCAAACUCCUGAAAGAAAAUCUUCUGAAAGAAAGUGAAGGACUUGACCCUCUACAGCCAUCACCUAACUUGGAGGAUUCAUCUUCUACAUGUAGCUACCUAACUCUGUCUGGAUCUAGUGGCUUCUUCUCUAAGUCCAAUGCUACCGAUGAGGUACCGUCCCCUAAGACCUCGCCGACAGCUGAGACAGAAUACUCCACUGAAGUCAAUGGUGAUUUGCCUUCCAGCACGUACAGUUUCCUGAGGUCUGCACAGGCUGAAGCUACUGCUGUCCAUGAUGUUCCUUCAACACAGGAAGUCACCAUUGAUUCCACUGAACAAGCUUCUAAUACAGAAUCUUUUGGACGCACAAGAUUCUCUUUCCUAACAAAAGCUUACCUCCCACCUAUGGACAGUGCAAGUGAGGAAACUGGGACCAUAACAGAGCUUAGGUGGUCACCUUCCUCAGAGAAACCCAUCUCGUCGCCUACAUCAGGAUUCACCUUCUCUUACUCAAGGACCACGGAAGCUUCCACUACCAUGCUUACAAGUGCCACUGUCACACCCAUUGUCAGCACCUCCUCAACUUCCACACCUCGAGAGAAAUCCAGAUUUUUCUCUUUUCUAAACCUAAGACAUUCACCAGGUUCAGAGUCUCCUCCCUCACCAGUUUCUAGUACUGGUGAUAAAAUUUCACCCCCUGGAAGUAUUCACAAGCUCAAACUAGAAGAAACUAAUAAAAUAUGUGAUGAUGGACCAGUUAAAGUUGAAAAAUCUGAGAAACCUCUUUCUGAACAGAGUCGGAAAGGGGCCACAGAGACCAAUCAAUCAGGAGAGCAAAAGAAAGACCUGGAAGAAACGGAGGCACAGGAGUUGCAAAGAAAACUGGAGAUCCUCAACCACAUCAUGGAUCAGGAGACACGCAGUUCAUCAGGGACCACAAGAAACCCCCAGCUCAAUCUAAUGUCUGGAAUGUCUGAGGACAGCGAUUACACAAGUGACAUCAACUAUCCUGUGGGCCAGCACCCUAAUUCUUCCGCCUCGCAGUUCCUCGCCGUCGCCAACCAAAUGUCCACACCACAGAGAUCCUUAGAAAACAGUAGAGAAAACUCAUACGAGAGGGACGAUGGUGGUCAGUACGGCGGGGAUCUGAGUCUACAGGAAGGUUACAGUGAAGGAUACAGCACACUGACAGGAGACAAGAGCACUACCAACUUGUAUGACAGUUACACAAUAGAGCACAACAAGAAGAACGAAAGCCAUAUUCUCUCUGGUGUUGGUGAUGAGGACCUCUCCUACAAUAGCCGACCAAACAACAGGAAAGACUAUAGGUAUCGGCCGGAUCCGUGGGAUGACGAUAUCAGUCCAGUGAGCAGUUACUACAGUGCCUACGAUUCUGCAGUGGCUGGUCAGGGCGCCGCACCAUUUGAUGACUCUGUGCCUUCCAGAUCCUCCUCAAACAAUGCCAGAGGGAAGCUCACCAGAGGAACUACACGUAGGCCAAGCUUGGAAAGACAGACCACACUGUAUGAUGACCAAGGCGGAGGGACGAGAGGAGACGGAACCAGUCGAGAAAACAGGUACUCUAACUACCAUAGCUACUAUCACCAGUACUCCUCCAGCCAGGAUGAUCCCAGUGCACCAGCGGGUGAGGAUCAUUACGACUAUGACAGCAAGACACCCAAGGAUGAGCAGACUGAUCUUGGGUAUCAGAAUGAUCGGGAGGGUUGGUAUGACAAGGACAAGAUAGAUGGUUACUAUGGUGAAUAUGGGAAAGAGUGUUGCAAAGACGAGGGUUAUCAGAAUGAUAAGAAUGAUGAUGGCUAUGCGGGAGAGCAGUAUGAUGUGUAUGGUUACGACCAGUAUGGGCAGUAUGCAGACUAUGACCAGUAUUACGGGUAUGAUAAGACUGGUGAAAACUAUGAUUACAGUCAGUAUGGUUACUAUGGGGAGGAUGGUUGGACCUACUAUCAGAAUUAUGAGGGUUAUUAUGGGUAUUAUGAUGAGGCUGGUGUCUUUCAUAACUAUAAUGAAAAUUACAACUAUGCUUAUCGGAGCAAUGAGCAUUUGGACUCUAUGGCGGAGAUGCAGGGGGAGGGGAGGAAAGUGCCAGAUACUUCCAAGAUGAUCACAGCACCUUCCAGCCUAGCCUCAGUCUACACCACUACCACUUCUGCCAUUACCACUACCAAAGCCUUCAGUUCGGUGCUCACCACCACCUCCUCCUCCUCCUCUUCUACCACCACAAAGCCUUUGGGUAACCAUGUAGCACCCACACCACACACAAAACACAAACCUGAUGGUGGCCUGUUUAACAAACUACUUCCUCAACUCCCUAUCUCCCUUCCAUCCACUCUCACCACUACCACCACCACUGCUGCUGCCACCAUCACUGCCACUACUACCACAGUCACCACUACACAGUCGAGCCGCCCGUUUAUGCAGUCAACCGUUCCACAUGCUCAGCCACCCUCAGCACAGACUACACAGCAACGAGCAGCUCAGCAACAAAAGCAACAAGCUAAACCUGCUAGUGGUGGCUUUGUUCUAUUUGGUAGUAUGAACAAAAAAGGUGGCCUUUUCAAUGCCAUGUCUGGCAUAACGUCCAAGAUGAGUGACACACUCAACACUGCUGUUAAAGAAGUGUCUGCAACAGCUGCUGCAGCUGCACAACAAGCUAAUGUUGCAGCUCAUCAAACUACAAAAGCAGCAACAGCAAAAGCAGCUGCAGCAGCAAGAGGAGCAGGUGUUGUCCCACCUCACUCAACAGCAGCAGCAGCAGCAACAACUACAGCUGUGACUACACCUCAGAAAUCUUCAGUUACACAAUCAGGGAAACCCUCAUUAGCUGGAACAAGAAUGACCUUGACCAAGCAGGAGAGUGUUAGAAGUGAUAAAAUGCCUGGAGACGAAGCAGAGAGACGAUCUUUGGCCACACUACCAGAAACUUCGGAUCCUACAUACCAGACAGAUUCCAUAGACCAGCUCCAAACCUACAUGAGACACAAGAGUAAUACGUUCACUGCAUACAUCGACGUCCAAGUGAGGUCCUCUUCAGCAGAGACCUCGGUAUAUUUCAACAGAGUACGUAACUUGACGCCAGUGAAAGGCUCUUGA